UAAGCGCAACAAAACAAAGAAAAUGUGCUGCUUUACCUUCAAGCCUAAGACUUCCAAAACCUCCGCUCCAAUGCAAGGUUUCUCAGCCGAACCAGUAUCCAAGAACCUCAAACAAGACCUUCUGCUGCAGAUCCCACGAUGCACGGUCUACUUAAUGGACCAAGGAGAAGCCUUGGAACUCGCCAGAGGCGACUUCAAACUCGUUAAGAUAUUAGACGACGACGUUCCGCUCGCCACCAUCGUUAAAGUCACCGACCAUCUUCAAUGGCCAUUGACGAACGACGAGCCGGUGAUCAAGCUCGAUUCGUUUCACUACCUGUUUUCGUUGCCGGUGAAAGAUGGGAAGCCACUCAGCUAUGGCGUGACCUUCGAGCGGAACGGCCAUGGGAAAAGCUUGGGGUCUUUGGAUUCGUUUCUGAAGGAACACUCGUGCUUCUCCGGUAUGGCUUCGACCGGAGACAAAUAUGUGGAUUGGAAGGCUUAUGCUCCGAGGAUUGAUGAUUAUAACAAUGUUUUGGCCAAGGCCAUCGCUGGAGGGACGGGACAGAUUGUCAAGGGAAUCUUUCAGUGCAGUAACGCUUAUACUAGCCAGGUUCAGAAAGGAGGAGAAAUCCUUCUAAAUCAACCUCCAGCCAAGACUUAUGGGAUCACACCAAGUAACAGCAACAAAAACAUGGAACCCAACAAUAACCUUAAACGAGUGAGAAAUGUGUCGAAAAUGACUGAAAAGAUGAGCAAAACGAUGCUUGAUAUGGUUGGUGCGGCUAGUGGAACAGUGAUGGGUCCUCUGGUGAAUUCCAGGCCUGGGAAAGCUUUGCUCUCCAUGGUUCCAGGCCAAGUUCUUCUGGCCUCGCUUGAUGCUGUUAACAAGGUUCUUGACGCCGCUGAAGUUGCUGAGAAGCAAGCUUUAUCUGCAACAUCUACUGCUGCAACCAGAAUGAUGACAGAAAGGUACGGAGAAAGAGCAGGGGAAGCCACAGAAGAUGCGCUAGCAACAGCAGGGCAUUUCGCAAACACUGCUUGGAAUAUUGUCAAAAUAAGAAAGGCAUUCACUCCUUCCUCCGGUGCCACUUCCGGCUUACUGAACAACGCAGCCAGGAGGACAUCUAACACUUUCAACUGAUUUUAUCAUUCCCUAUAAACCUAAAAUAUCUAUACAGUACAUUAACAUCCUUUAAAUAUUUUUAAAUAAACUAAUAAUUAAAUAUAUUUGUGUUAACCAACGG